CAGUCUCUGAACACAAAGAGCCCAGUCUUGAAAAUAUUUUUCCAUCUUAUUCCAAGUCUGAGUCAAGAAAGUAUGGUUGUCAGUCAUCUUCAAAACUUUAUUUAAAUGAAAAUAAGUUAGAUGAAAAUGAUAAACCAGACACUGAACAUGUUUUUAACACAAAUGAGGAGAGUUUUUGUAAUGAUAGAGAAAAUGAAGUAAGGAACUGAGUUCCACUUAAAGUGAAAGAAGAACAAGAACUUGCUACAAAAAGAAUACAAAAAAGGAACCAAAAUACUCACUGGAAAUCAGACAUUGGACAUACACCUCAGGUUGAAGAAGAAGAGAACAGGAGCAAAAGUGAACUGAAAGGAUCAGAAACCAUGCGUGAUGGCAGCUAUCAUAAAGGAUUAACUCGGCAGAGGAAGAGGGGAAAAACUGAUGACCAGCAGUUUCCUGCUCUGCAGAAAGGAGAUUCUGAUAGUAGCUGUCUUGGCUUGCAUAUGAAGAAAGUAAACAAGAGUGAAAGUGGAAAAUGGACAUUAAAAGCGUCUGUGACUUCACGUGUAUUUGCGAAGACUGCCUCACUGGCUGGUGGUCUCCUACACAUGAAUGACAGCAGCAGUUUAAGUGAAAGAGGUCAAGGUGGUGGCAGAUCUUCAAAGAAAAUGUCUACUAAAAAGGACAAGGUCAAAGAGAAGAUUAAUUCUGUGGAUGGCCUUGAUGACUUAACUCUGUCACUGGAGACAGCUUCCGAGGAUCGCGAGUCACUUUACCCUAACUGUAAGAAUACCCUGAGGCUAAUCGAACAACUUGGCCCGGAGAGUAAAGAUUCUGAUAGGUUAUUGAAAAUUCAGGAUCCAGUUCAUUCACUCAGAUCAAUACAACUUGAAGAAUCUGAUGGUGAACUACUUAGAGGAAAAAUUAAAAAAAUGGAAAGUAAGGUGAACCCGCUACAAACAGAGCUGUUGAAAACAAGAGAAGCAAAAUCACAGUUAAAACGUCAAAAUGUGGAUUGGGGACAAGAGCUCUGCAGCAUGAGAUUCACAUCAAAACAAGAAACAAAGAAGAAGAAAAAUGCUUAUAUAUUAUAUGAUAAAAGUAAUGAUGAAUUAAAAAGAAAAAAGAAAGAAUACAAUGAGCAAGUUUACCUGAAACAACUUGAAAGCACUGCCCGAGCACUAGAAUGCAAACUGAAGAGCGUAAAGAAUAAACCAAAUCAGGUUUUAGAAGAGCGAAAUGACACUCAGAGACAACUUUCUCGAGCGCAGAAUGCCAGAGUAAUACAAGAUGAAAUCCUGGCCCAUCAACUUUCCCAACAAAAGGAGGCUGAAAAGGCUAAUAAGAAAAUGAAUGCUGAGGACACAAUGGAUUUUGAGCUGUCUGACCCAAAAGAUAACAGUGAGGUGCUUCCUCAGCAAAUUUCUGAAUCUGAAAGUCAAUUCCGUGGCCAAGAAAUUGAGCUCCAUCCCAGGAGAGAUGCUCUUAGACCAACGAUGUUGGUAUUAGAAUGUGUGCAUAGAGACCGAGGCCAAGCCCAGUGUUCAAACAAGGAAACUGAACCCUUGUCUCAAAGUAAACAAGGGAAAGUCAACAAAUACAUUGGAAAGCAGGCAUUCUUGGAGGAGAAAAUAUGUGAACUAAAAAGUGAAAACAUGUUGCUUCAACAGCAACUGGAUGUUGCUCAAAAUGAGGCCAGAAGUGAAAAGACAAUACUUAACAUCCCAGAGCCAUUUCUGGAUCACAUGGGAAAACUUGAAGCCAUGAGCAGACGAGUUCUGAUGCUGGAGGAAGGAAACAAGGAGCUAAUCAAUGAAUGCAGAUUUGUAAAGGACAGACUGUAUCAGUAUGAAACUGACAGAACAGAAAUGGAAGCCUGUAUGAGACAGCUUCAACAAGAACUGACUCACACCCGAAAGAAAGCGUCCAUGUUGGAAGCUUCCCUGGAGGUGACAGCACAUCAUCAGACUAAUGUAGAAGCUGAGACACAGGAUUCAGAGAGGAAAUCACAUCAAACUGCGAACCCAAAUGCUGAUCUUCCAGCAAAAGUGGAAUCUACAUCUUCAGUACUUCUCCAUCUGAGUGCAGAAACUCAACUUUUUCUAAAGGAGUUAUUACCUAUGAAAGAAUUGCAAAAGAAAUCUGACACACUAGAGGAGGAGAAAAAGAAGUUGGAAGAAGAAGUAGUAAAGCUCAGACGUCACCUAGAAAUGAACACAGUGGAACGCAGUCAAGCCGAGCAGUACAAAUGGAAGACUGAAGAGCGAGCAAGACGGGAUGUAGUAGAAAAAUUGAAGGAACUCAGUCAAGUCGUGCAGUACAACCGGGAGACUGAAGCGCGAGCAAGACAGGCUAUAGCAGAAAAAUUGAAAGAAAUCAGCCAGUUUUUACAGGCACAAGCAGCAUCUCAAGAAGACUUGUUAAGAGAGUAUACACGUGCUUCAGUAAGUCAGAUGGAACACAGAGUUCAAGACCUGGAAACUAAGCCGAAAAAUAAAACUUUUCAGUUUGAUUCUAAUGAAAGAGAAUUGGAAAGAUACAAACAACUGUACCUGAAAGAGCUAGAAAACAGAAUGUCAUUGGCAAGUCAACUAAACUCGGCUAAUAAGAGGCUGGCAGCGGUGAGCACUGAGCUUCAGCUGGAGAAACAGCACCAGAGCUCCCUCCUCGGUUCUGGUCCUACAAGGCCUGUUGAUGGACCGCCUUCUGCUAAAAAUUCUAGUACUAGCGUGGAGCCCAAAAGGAGUCUUACUCAAAGAAGAAACUUCAGAAAUUUUUCAGACCCUUCAACUAGCAUGAGCGGUCACUUGUUCACGGUUAGUUAUUCAGAUGCAGAAGUCGAUGAAUAAUAUAGCUAGAGAAUUAAAAGAAGCCAGUACUGAACUUCAAUCAGUCCUACAGACUCUCAUAGGCUCGAUGGACGAGUGAAGUCUAAGUCAAGGUCUGGUUUCGAAUGCACGUCAAGAAUAUGUGGACAUUUUGAAGAAAGAGUGUGAUCUACAAAACAAAUAGUAAACAUUUACCUGCUGGGCUGUUUGCCUCACAUUUUAGUUGUUUCCCGUUAAGUAAGAUACUGACUGUGUUUAUUAAAGGAAAAUACUUUUGUAUCAGGUGUGCAUGAUUAAAAUUUAUGUA